GAAUGAUAUGCCUCAUGUGGAAGCCCAGCAGAGGGCCAUGGCCAUCAACAGGCUGCUCUCUGUGGUAAGCCUGAGGUCAGCUUGACCUGCUGAGAAGCAGCACUGGGCUACUUUAUAGACUGAAAGACACACAGACCGCAAGGUAAACAUUAACACCAUGUCAGAAGGUGUUUCUUCGAAUACCACACAUGAAAUAAAAUGCUAGACUAUAGUUAAUAUCUACUUUAAAUGGACAUCUUGAUAAAUGAUUGUGCUGUAAAAGUCCUCAAGUUUAAUUUGAAUUAAAUACAACCUAAGUGCUUAAACCCACUUUUUUUCCUAAGUAAAAUGAAGGGGUCUGACAACCAAGAGAAGUUAGUUUAUCAAAUAAUAGAGGAUGCAGGAAACAAAGGUAAGCCACCAAAUCUCCAUCUCUGUGAGCAUGUCAUUUAGAGCAACUGCCUCUGCACCUAUGUUGAUGCUCAAAGAAAAUGUUUUACAAAUUUUGCUUUCCUUUUUACGCUUUUGUAUAGGAAUCUGGAGUAGAGAUAUCCGUUACAAGAGCAACCUCCCCCUAACAGAGAUCAACAAAAUCCUGAAGAACCUCGAGAGCAAGAAGCUCAUCAAAGCUGUAAAGUCUGUGGCUGCCUCUAAGAAAAAGGUCUACAUGCUGUAUAAUCUGCAACCAGACCGCUCAGUUACUGGGGGUGCAUGGUACAGUGAUCAGGACUUUGAAUCUGAAUUUGUCGAGGUUUUGAACCAACAGUGCUUCAAGUUUCUGCAGAGCAAGGCUGAGGCUGCACGGGACAGCAAGCAGAGCCCUAUGGUGCAGAGGAACAGCUCUUUCGCCACAUCGCAUGAAGUGUGGAAGUACAUCUGCGAGUUGGGCAUUAGCAAGGUGGAACUUUCCAUGGAGGACAUCGAAACAAUCCUGAACACACUGAUAUACGAUGGUAAGGUGGAAAUGACCAUCAUUGUGGCCAAGGAGGGCACCGUGGGCAGUGUGGAUGGUCAGAUGAAGCUCUACAGAGGGGUCAACCCCAUCAUUCAGCCAACAGGCCUGGUCAGGACACCAUGUGGCCUUUGUCCUGUGUUUGAUGACUGCCAUGAAGGGGGUGAAAUCUCACCCUCUAACUGUGUGUACAUGGCAGAGUGGCUGGACUUCUAGACACCGACUCUUUGUGAUUGAUCAGUGAGGAAAAAGCCAAGGGACAGCAAGAGUGGAGAUUUUCAUGUAUACUUAUGUAUUCUGAAGACUAUUUUGUGAAGAACAAUUUAAUGAUUAUACAUUUUUCUUAUAGAAAAUCAUGGAACUGGGAAAAUAUUCCUGUCUUAUUAACUUAUCUUAUUUUUCAGUGCAGAGGAAAUUGCACUGAGAUUUUUGUACUCUAGUAGGAGCUGGAAAACAAAUGCUAGGGUGCAAAAUAAUUUUAACAAUAUUGAGUUCAACAUCUUGUCUAUAUGCUACUGACAAGACUAUUAACCAGAAUGUUCAUAUCUGUCAGUGCUACAAGGUGUAGUAUUUCAACAGCAUGUAUUUGUGGUUUUAAGUUCUGCGAAUACAAUACAGAUAGAAAAAAUAAAGACUUUUUGUUGGCUUGUGGAAUAUUAGAUUCUGGUUCAAUUUUUCAAGGGCUUUUCUGCAGUAUGGAGCUUGUGGAAGCACAGGGUGGUAGACAUUUAUUUGUUUAACAGACGCUUUUCUCCAAAGCGACUUCUAAUGAACUCUAUGUAGUGUUACCAGCCCACACACCUUAUU